AUGGCUCCCACUUUCACCCACGAGUUCAACCACCCCGGCUACAAGGGCAAGGUCGAGAUCCCCACCGGCGUCUUCAUCAACAACGAGUGGAACACCUCUCUCGACAAGAGCGCAGAGACCAUCGACGUCUUCAACCCCUCCACUGGCGAGAUCCUCACCAGCAUCCCCGAGGCCAGGGAGGCCGAUGUCAACAAGGCCGUCGAGGAUGCCCACACCGCGUUCAACACGACAUGGGGUCUCAACACUCCCGGUUUCAAGCGUGGCGAGUACCUCAUCAAGAUUGCCGAGCUCAUGGAGCGUGACCUCGAUAUCCUCGCUUCCAUUGAGGCCCUCGACAACGGCAAGACCUUCGGUGCCGCCAAGGGCUUUGACGUCCCCGAGGCCGCUAGAACGUUCAGGUACUACGGUGGAUGGGCCGACAAGAUCCAGGGCAAGGUGAUCGAGACCUCCAGCGCCAAGCUUGCCUACACUCUCCACGAGCCCGUCGGUGUUUGUGGCCAGAUCAUCCCCUGGAACUUCCCCCUCCUCAUGUUUGCCUGGAAGGUCGCUCCCGCUAUCUGCACCGGCUGUACCGUCGUCAUCAAGCCUUCCGAGCUUACUCCUUUGACUGCUCUCUACAUGACCAAGCUCUUUGUUGAGGCUGGUCUUCCCGCCGGUGUCGUCAAUGUCAUUGUCGGCUACGGACAAACCGUCGGUAACGCCAUCGCUGGCCACGACAACAUUGACAAGGUCGCUUUCACCGGUUCCACCGCCGUUGGCCGAAAGGUCAUGGAGGAGGCUUCCAAGUCCAACAUCAAAAAAGUCUCUCUCGAGCUCGGUGGUAAGGGAUCGAACGUCAUCUUCGCCGACGCCGACUUUGACGAGGCCGUCAAGUAUGCUGCUCAGGGUAUCUUCUUCAACCACGGCCAGACUUGCUGUGCCGGUUCCAGGAUCUACGUCGAGAAGCCCAUCUACGACAAGUUCAUCAAAGCUUUCAAGGAGACCACCCAGAAGCUCCAAGUCGGUGACCCCUUCGCGCCCACCACCUACCAGGGCCCUCAAGUCUCCAAGACCCAGGCCGAACGUAUCAUGUCAUAUGUCGAGUCUGGUAAGGAGGAAGGCGCGACUGUCAUCACUGGUGGUGCCCGUCACGGUGACAAGGGCUACUUUGUCCAACCCACCAUCUUUGGCGACGUCAAGCAAAACAUGAAGAUUGUCAAGGAAGAAAUCUUUGGUCCCGUCGUUGUCGUCUCCCCCUUCGAGACUGAAGAAGAAGUCAUCUCCCAGGCCAACGACUCUGUCUACGGUCUCGCCUCUGCCGUCUUCACCUCCAACAUCUCGCGUGCUACCCGAGUAUCGCAAAAGAUCAAGGCUGGUACCGUCUGGAUCAACUGUUACAACGAGUUGCACCCCCAGAUUCCCUUCGGUGGUUUCAAGCAGUCUGGUCUUGGUCGUGAACUUGGUGAAUACGCUCUCGAGUCUUACACCGAAAUCAAGUCUGUCCAGAUCAACGUCUCUGCCAAGUGUGGUAUCCCCGCUUAA